AUGGCUUCGCAGAAGCCGUCUGUGAAGGAAGCGCAAUCGAUUGCCAGCUCCGACCCGCGAAAAGCUGAAGCUAUCUACAAAGACAUCAUAUCCAAACCUCCUUCUGUUACCUCAGAUGCAGCAAUAAAGGAAUACGAGUCCGCUCUCAUAAGUUUAGGGGAGCUAUACCGGGAUGAGAAGAAUCCCAAGGCACUCGUCGACCUUGUUACUACGAGCAGAACCGUCCUUUCGGGCUUCGCAAAGGCUAAGACGGCUAAGUUAGUCCGUCAGCUGCUCGAUCUCUUUGAAGCCAUCCCAAACCCAACCGACAUCCAGAUCGCCGUUACCAAGUCAUGUAUAGAAUGGGCUACCUCCGAGAGGCGGAGCUUCCUACGCCAGAACCUCGAGACCAGACUCGUUACCCUAUAUAUUGCUAAGCAAUCAUACUACGAUGCGCUUACUCUUAUCAACGGUCUCUUGCGGGAGCUGAAGCGUUUGGACGACAAGUUAGUGUUGGUAGAGGUUCAACUAUUGGAAUCUAGAGUAUACCAUGCUCUCGGCAACAACUCCAAGGCUCGUGCCGCUCUCACCAGCGCGAGGACGAGUGCCGCUUCGGUUUACACACCUCCCUUACUUCAAGCGAACCUAGACAUGCAGUCGGGUAUGCUACACACCAUGGACCAGGACUUCAACACGGCCUUCUCUUACUUUAUCGAGGCACUUGACGGCUACCAUACGCAGGACGAGCCAGCCAAGGCUACCGCCGCGUUGCAAUACAUGCUGCUCUGCAAGAUUAUGCUUAACCUUGUCGACGACGUCAACAACCUAAUGGCGUCCAAGCAGGCGCAGAAGUAUGCGGGCCAGAACCUCGAGGCCAUGAAGGCCAUCGCGCGCGCGCACUCGAACCGAUCUCUAGAAGAGUAUGAGCGUGCCCUAUCCGCGUACCGCUACGAGCUCGGCAGCGACGCCUUCAUCCGCAACCACCUACGUCGCCUCUACGACGCUAUGCUCGAGCAGAACCUGAUCAAGGUCAUCGAGCCCUUUAGCCGCGUCGAGAUCGCCCACAUCGCUAAGAUGGUCGGCCUCGACACCCAGCAGGUCGAGCGCAAGCUCUCCCAGAUGAUCCUCGACAAGGUGAUCAUCGGCGUGCUUGACCAAGGUGCCGGAUGCUUGAUUAUUUUCGACGAGACGCAACGUGAUGAGUCCUAUGAUGCGGCUCUCCAAACUAUUGAAAAGUUGAGCAAUGUCGUGGAUGUCCUGUAUACAAACCAGGCUUCGAUGCUGGAGUAG